CACUACUUUGCCGGAUACCACAACGAGAAGAUCAGUUCCGUUUGCACAUUACCCAACGCAUAGCAAAGCGGGCCCAGGUCUCGGAUAUGACAAAAGACGGCAUAGCCAUCCGAGGAUCAAGCGGUAUAAAAUCAGCGCUUUGCCUCAGGUUCUCUUUUGCUAUCCUACACCACAUCACAUCACUACACACAAGCUUCAAACUAUUCAACAUGAAGUUCUCCAUCGUUGCAGCAGCUUUGAGUCUCCCUUGCGCCAUGGCCAUGCCAUCCGAAUCGGGCCAGGGUCGCAGCUUGCUUACUAGAGCCACACCUAAGUUGAAUCAGUACGCGACUCUUGAUGAUUGCCAGAAUGAUAGAAACAUUCUAUACCAUGCCGCUCCCGUUGCCUUUAGAUGCUAUGAACUUGACGGCAAGACUGGCGCUUUCUUCUACAAUACUGGUCCCUAUUUGGAAAGUUUUGUUUCCGGUUCGCCAGGGUGCAACCCAAAUAGCCCUAUCGUCGAGUAUAUCUCUGGUAGCGGGUGCAGGAACAAAGGCGCUUCAACGUCCGUCCAGAUGUCGUAGCUUCUGCGUUUCGGGCAUUCCUACUCAAAUGGAAAGGCGCCAAAUUGGCUGAAUUAGAAGAUUUCAG